AGACAUUCCACCACCCUGACAAACCCCAUGGUGGCCAAGAUUGGGCUGGCCGUGGUGCUGCGUGGUUGCAUGCUCGUAAUGCCCUAUGUCUUGCUGGCAAGGCGGUGGCCAUAUUGCCGAACCAACGUAAUCCCCCACACGUACUGUGAACAUAUGGCUGUCGUGAAGCUCGCCUGCACCGACAUCCGCAUCAGUAGUUAUUAUGGUCUCUCUGUGGCAAUCUGGGUGACCGGUCUGGAUAUGAUUUUUAUUGCCAUAUCCUAUAUCCAGAUCCUCAGGGCCAUCCUCAGCCUCCCCACAAAGGACGCCCAGGUCAAGACUUUUGGGACCUGCAGCGCCCACCUCUGUGCCAUCCUAUCCUUUUAUAUCCCAGCUAUCUUCUCCUCCCUCACUUAUCGUUUUGGCCACCAUGUGGCACUCCAGUUCCAUGUUCUCAUUGCCAAUGUGUAUCUCCUGGUGCCCCCCAUGCUAAACCCCAUCAUCUAUGGGGUGAGGACCAAACAGAUCCGGGACAGGCUGCUCCAGCUCUUUACUCAUAAAGGGAUGAAAUUUUUCUCCUGGUGCACUGCCUCUCAGACCAAGCUCCAUGCAGAGCUGGCUGGUGACAUGGUGCUGAGCCGUCUUCCCUGA